AUGACUGAAGAGGACUUCGAGACUGUCUUGGAGGCCGAGCAUCAAAGGAUUGACGAGGACCUCGACCGUGAGACGCAAGUUACGCUGGCAAAGAUAGAGGCCCAGGAGAAAGAUCUCAAGGAAAGAGUUCAACUCCGAGCAAAGGUGGCAGAGACGAAGGACCCCGCGAAGGUGCAGCAGUUGCGCACCGUUGCAGAGUCGGUCACGCUGGCUGCAGACACAGCUCGGAACAAGAGGCAGGCUGCGAAGGCUGCCCGGCGCAAUAUUGCUCGCCAGAAGGUGGCGGCACGGAAGCAAGCCCUGCAAAAGGCACUGGGUCCCGAUCCCACAGAGGCCGCCAGCCGCGAGUUGCUACGGAUGCAGCUUCCUAGCCAAGAGGCUUUUCCGAGCAUGUCGCCACAAGAAGCUUUGGCGGAGGUUUCCGCUACUGCAGCCACCUGCUUUCGGUCCCUCCAAGUCGUGGCCUUGCGACCGCCGGACGAGACUGUCAGGUUUGAUCCGGACAAUCCCGCCAGUGCCCAACCUUCAAAGGACCUGGCGUUUGCAACUGCUGCAGCUCUGCCUGAGCUAAAAUCGUGCCUUGAAUCUUUGCGGAAGCGUCUCCAAGAGGAGAAAGAUAGCCCGCCGCAAGUCGAUCCGGCUCUUCGAUCGAUCGCGACUGACGAAGACAAGAUGAGCAAAGAUGACAAGCGCGACUUCAUCAUGUUUGAAGGCCAGCAGGAGUACGACUGGGAAAGGAGCAUCAACAUCAAGAUGAAGGAGCAGAUGCGACGGCGCGAUGUUCACACGAAGGAGAGCCUGGAAAGGGUUAGUCAGGCCCUCCAUAGACGAUGGCGCAGACAACGGGACAGGGACAAGGCUCAUGCCAUGGAGCGGAUGGCUGCUCUUCACAAGGUCAUGAACGACACAGAGGAAGAGCUGGACAAGAUGCGGAAAGAACAAGCGGAAGCCACGGAGAAAGAGGUUGAAGUUUUAGAAAGUGAAAGACGGCGUCUCCAAGAACAAACGCGAGUUUUGAUGUCUGCCGCGCUCGUGGUCCGCCAAGAAAAGGCGCGCAUAAACAAGGCGUGGUAUGCUGAGCCGCGGGAGAAGAAGGCCUUGACUUUCCAGUCCUUGAAGAUCAUUCGGAGACUUCAUGCUGAUAUGAUCAACUUCCCAGUCACAGCGGAGUUUAAGCAGAAGCACUCUGUGCUGCUGUACUCGCUCCGCAUGCUGGAAGGUCGCCUAAGAAAGGACUGCCCUUAUGCGAAAGAUACGGACAUCCAAGAGGGGCCCUUGGAAGAAACGCCCGAGCUUAAGAAGCAGAUGGAGGAGGCAGAGAAUGCCUUCGAAGAUCAGCUCAGCGCCGACAUCGAUGAAAUCCGCGAUGCGAAUCGCGAAAAGGUGCAACGGGCCAUGGCACGCGAAGCUGCACUGCGGCGCCGUGCUGCAGAGGUCGAACUCGCACCAGCUCUGGAUCAAGCCGCUACAGCACUGUCGCGCUCGGAGCGGGCUGCACGUCGGGCGGAGAUCGCCGAGGACCUCCUGCGACCUCUGGGAAUGCUGGCAUCACAGCUCGGCGGUGAGGCCUUCCGGCAUGCUCAGCUCGAGAGCGGGACGCACGAGCCCGCCAGCUUCAAUCCAAAGAGGAAGCGCUUGGAGGCCUCUCUCGCCUCGACCUUGAAAGUCCUGGAGGAAGUCCUUCCGCACCUAAAUGCGGAGGAGGUGCAAAAGGUUGCGGCUGCACCUUCCUCCCUGGGCAAAGAACCAGAGUGGGAGGACGCGCUGGAAGAAGCGAGAGCAAGGUGGUCAGCAUUUUGUGAACGGCACCCUGAUAGUGUGCCCGAUGAGCAAGACACGCCACGCGGAGAGAAGACGGUUUCGUCGCAUGCUUCGGUUGUGGGCAGAUUAGACAUGGAUGACCUCGAGGAUGAUGACUACGGUGGGGCAGCUGGAAAUGUGCCCGCCAAGAAGCUUCCGCCACCUCCUCCAAGAAAGAUAUCUGCAGCGCCGGCUCGGCCACCCAGUGCCGGCAGCGGGCGGCCACCCUCGAGCCCUGUGCCACCUGUGCCAGGUGCCAAGGCAAAGGCUGCUGCUCAACCGAGUGGUACAGGGGCUCAGGGUGCCAAGAAGGGCGCGGCCUUGCUGGAAAAGUUGGACGAGCUGUCUGCAACCAUGGACCGUACUCUCGGCAAAAGCUCUGCCCUGAAGACACCAGCUCCUGUCGGCGGCAGAAGCCUGAAGCCUCCAGGCAUUGGGAAAGGAGGAAAGAAGUGA